AAAAAACAGAGAGCACGCCACUAAAUUGCAUCACUUAAGCUAUUUGUAGUGGCCAACGUGUACUUCGAAAUCCCUCUGCCUACAUUUUCUUGCGUUAACGGUGAUUGUCUUCCUUCUUUAUUUAACAUUACGCUAUUUUGUAAAAGUUUAUGAAAAUGUAGGUAAAUGAAGCGGCAUAUUCAAAAACGCUUAGUCUGUACUACAUAUUACGUCGUGACGUUCGGAGAUGUUACUUCAAGGUUUUAUUAAAGGUGCUCUGCGAUACAACCGUUCUUCUGUCUCAAACUUAUGUCGUCAUUAUGCAGCUCAUGUGCAGCGUCCAGCUCCCGACUUCUGCGGAACAGCGGUGGUGGAUGGCCAAUUUAAAGAAAUAAAACUGAGAGAUUUUGCUGGAAAAUACUUAGUCCUCUUUUUCUAUCCUCUGGAUUUUACUUUUGUGUGUCCAACUGAGUUAAUUGCAUUUUCUGACCGAAUUGAUGAGUUCAAAAAUGAAGGAGUUGAAGUCGUCGGCGUUUCAACUGAUUCACAUUUCAGUCAUCUGGCUUGGAUAAAUACUCCACGUAAAGAAGGUGGUUUAGGGGGUCUACGCUAUCCACUCUUGGCGGACUAUCAAAAACAAGUUACACGCGAUUAUGGGGUCCUUCACGAAGAGUUAGGUGUUGCACUUCGCGGUUUAUUUAUCAUUAGUGCUGAUGGUAUAAUCCGCCAGAUUACUAUUAACGAUCUUCCUGUUGGAAGAUCUGUUGAUGAAGUUUUGAGAUUGGUCAGAGCCUUUCAAUUUACAGAUAAAUAUGGUGAAGUUUGCCCAGCAGAUUGGCAGCCAAAAGGUCUAACAAUAAAACCAGAUCUGAAAAAGUACAAGGAAUAUUUUCAUAAGGUUAAUUAAAUGUAUCAUAGUUCCCUGUGAAGUCAUAUUUAAACCUGAUACAGACACGUUGGUUCAUAUUCAGAAUUACUAUACGUAGUACACUGGUAUUCUUUAUGUAGUAACAGUGUUUAUGAACUCAUAUUUUCUUUUUAUGUCUUCUGUAAUUUCCACGAUUAUAUCGAGUACAAAUGUCAGAAAGUACAAGUUUUCAAAUAAAUAUUAUUCUAGCAUCAUUGC